CGCUCCACGACAGCACCCUUCCUCCUCCGACUCUUCUGGCGCCAGUCUCGACCUCACGAUCCUUGGGAGUUUUCUGUUGCGCCUCCGGCAGAUACGACUGGUAUUCCCGACUACUCCUCGCUUUUACCCUCACAAAUCCGCUCCCAAAGUGUGCAGAUCUACACAUGGCCCAACUGCACCCUCGGAGAGCUCACGUCGCUCUUCACAAGCGUAUUACCAGCCAAUGUAAUGCCGAGUCCAGCGACUGGUACAAGGCUUGUAUUUAAGCUUGUAUUCCCGGAUACGCGCGCGACAUUAGUAGAAGGUGGAAGAGGAAAAUGGAUAGACAAGCCACUGGGAAGUGUGGUGAUUGGAAGCAGCGGGGCCGAACUGAAUGAUGAAGAUGACAUGAAUGGAAAGGGUUUGGAAGGAGAUGCAGCCAAGACACUCGCGGCAGCGCGAUUCGUCAUUGGCGACUACAUUGCUUGCUCAAUAUAUCCUCCUGGAGCAGAUGGGCGCGUGGCUCCCAUGCCUGCGUCAAGUAGAGAGAAUGGAUACGGUGGGUAUGGCAGAGGUGGAGGAGGUUACAGAGGAGGCUAUGGAGGUCGUGGUGGUGGUGGUGGUGGCUUUGGUGCACCGCCUCCACCUGGAGACUGGAGACGUGGCGAGCGUCCACCGCCAUCUGGGGGC